CUCGCCUCCUGCUCUUGACUCGGACAUGGACAAGUCGACGAUCAACGAGCUGCUCGCGGGGAGUGUCGGGGGCGCGGCGCAGGUCAUCGUCGGCCAGCCGCUCGACACCGUCAAGACUCGCGCGCAGACCGCACCCAGUGGCAUGUUUAAAGGGCCAAUGGACAUCCUUACGCAGACUCUGCGCAAGGAGGGCUUCUUCGCGUUGUACAAGGGAAUGGCUAGCCCCCUCGUCGGAAUUGCGGGCGUGAACUCGCUCCUGUUCGCCGCUUACGGCGUAUCCAAGCGAAUUAUAUCGCCGUUCCCGCAGUUGUCUCUCAAAGAGACUGCUGGGGCAGGUGCCAUAGCGGGCGCUGUAAAUGCUGUACUCGCGAGUCCUGUUGAGAUGUUUAAAGUCCGCAUGCAGGGACAGUACGGCUCGCCCGGUGACAAACGGCUAAGAGCUGUUGUGAGCGAGAUGUGGAGAGACUGGGGUUUCAGAAAGGGCAUCAUGAGAGGCUACUGGGUCACAGUCGCGAGAGAAAUCCCGGCUUACGCUGGAUUUUACGCAGCCUUCGAGUUCUCGAAGCGGAAAUUCUCCCAGAAAUAUGGCAACCAAAUACCUGUGUGGGCACUCCUCGCGAGCGGCUCUACCGGUGGUAUUGCGUAUUGGCUUGCAUGUUAUCCCUUGGACGUCGUGAAGUCGCGUGUCCAGUUGCGGGCGACCCCGCCCGAAGGGACACCCGUCCAGUACAUCGCGCGCGAACUCAAGUUGAUAGUUACCGAGUCGGGAGUCUCGGGACUCUUCCGCGGUCUUACUCCGUCGUUGCUCCGAAGCAUACCCGCGGCGGCGAGCACAUUCGCAGCAUUCGAGCUGACACGAGAGUAUCUGAAGGGGGUCACCGGUGUUUGAGCAAGGCCGCAGAGGAUACCUCUUGCCCUUUUCUUUUGCCGUUCUCAUGUUCUGGACGGUUAUUUGCAUGCUCUAGACCGCCUCGCAUAGCUUGGACUACAAAUUGUGUAUACCCGUUUGCACACAAAUCACCGAGCCCUCGCUCUCCGGAUGCUCCCCGGAUAAGUACCAGCUGUUACAAAUGCAUCACCUCGGC